AUGGGGGCGGCGGAGUCUGUGCCGGUGUUGGGCGGGCACGAAGAUCUUCUAGAUCGUUUUGUGGGCCCCACAUCCAUCCCCGCGAACGACCCGUUCUGGGAGAAGCUUCUGUCGUUCGCGUACCCGCUGCCCAAGAUGAAACCCGCGGACUUCGACGAGGCGACGAGAGAAGCGUGCACCACGCUAGCGCUGAACAACCGGCAGACGUACCAUUUCGGCAAGCUGCUGCUGCACAUGAUGCGCAGCCUGCAGCAGGUGCCCGCAAGCCCCGCGGAGAUGCCUCUGACGGCCAUCAACACGGUUUAUUUCACGCGGCUCUUUGUGAAGCACCUGGUGGAGUAUUACGACAGCCGCGAGAUCUGGGAGCACCUCGUCAUCCACCUCUCGCCCGAGGAGGCGCGCGCUUUUGGGCGAGACGCAGGGCGGCAUGAUCUGCUAGUGGAUACCGUGAGGUCCCUCCUAUCCUUCGUUGCACAUCAUGACGUCAGCGCCACCAAGUACCUGCUGCAUCUGGAGGCGGUGAAUCUGCUCAUUGUGAUGAUGUCCACACAGCUGCACGCCUCUCCUGCUGUCGCAUUCAACACGGACGCUCACCUCUUUGUCGAGGCUGCCAUGAACCAGCACGACCUGGCAGUGCCAUUUGUCUCGCGGCUGCUGCACAUGUUUGUGGCGCGCAUGCCCGUGCCUCCCCGCGUGCCCUUCUACGUGGCAUCCCUCUCCACGCGCCAAGGCGUCCUGCGCCGCGUGGGCUCUGCUGCAGUCGCCGUCUUCCUCCUUCCCUACUACACCUACUCCUUCCUCGUCAGCUCCUCCUCCUCGUCCUCCUCCGCCUCUGCUGUGGCCAAGAGCCCACUAGCGGAUAAUGCACUGCUGCUGCUGCUGGCUCUGACUCACUACGGGCCGUCGGUUGGGAGUAGGGAGGCGUGGGAGGAGAUGCAGAGGGAGGAGGCGGAGAAGCAGGGGCGGGCGGGGGGGAAGGAGGGGGGUUUGAGGCAGGAGCAAGGGCAGGGGCAAGGGGAAGGCGGUGGGGAGGGCCAGGUGGGGAAUGGAGGGGGUGUGGGGGCAGAUGCUGUGCAGGUGCAGGUGCAAGGGUUGGCGGGAGAUGCUAAGGCUUUGGAGCAACGGUUGCAGGAUGGGCUGAAUUUGCAAGAGGCACGGAUGGAGGGGAAGGACGGGCAAGGGAUGACGCAGCAGCAGCAGCAGCAGCAGCAGCAGCAGCAGGAUCAGCAGCAGGAUCAGCAGCAGGGCCAGCAACAAGAGCAGCAGCAGCAGCAGCAAGUGAGGAAAGCGCGGUGGAAUCCUUACAAGUGGGCGAUCAACAGCGCGCGAGACGUGGACUUGGAGCCUAUUUUGAGUGCAGCAGAGACCGAGACGUCAGCAGCAGUUUACGGCACACUCACUCCCGCCAGUGCCUCUGCUCCCUCUCCCAGAGCCACAGCGACAGCGACAGCCACAGGACAGCAGCAGCAGCAGGGGGGAGGGGAGGUGCAAGGGUUGGUGGGUCCGGGGUCUGGGGCAGGAAGUGAGGAUGUGGUUCGGAUUGCCUUCGCCUCGCUGCAUGAUGCCCUGGGAUUGUGUUUGACUGACGACCGUGCCACUCUGCUGCUCUACUCGCUCAUCCACGGCAACUCUGCCUUCCUGGACUAUUGCCUUGUUCGCUCAGAUCUUGACACGCUGAUCAUGCCGCUACUGGAGAUGCUGUACAACGCCCCACGGCGCACGUCCAACCAGAUGUACAUGCUGCUCAUCAUCCUCCUCAUCCUCUCGCAAGACGCCUCCUUCAACGCCAACGUCCAUAAGCUCAUCCUGUCGUCUGUGCCAUGGUAUCAGGAGCGCCUGCUCUCCCGCAUCUCCCUGGGAUCGCUUAUGGUCAUCAUCCUCAUCCGCACCGUCAAAUACAACCUCUCCAAGCUUAGGGACAUCUACCUGCACACCAACUGCCUGGCCACGCUCGCCAACAUGGCGCCCCACGCGCACCACCUCAACGCCUAUGCCUCCCAGCGCCUCAUCAGCCUCUUCCACAUGCUCGCUCGCAAAUACACGAAGCUGUCGACAGCAGCAGCACACCCCAUGCCCAGCAAGGGAGACUCGCAGGCCAAUGCACAGGGACAGCAAUCAGCGAAUCAGGAUGGGGAUGGUGCUGGUGACGGGCAGCCCACGGAGCUGCACAUUUACACGGAUUUCCUCCGCAUAGUGCUCGAAAUCAUCAACGCCAUUCUCACCUAUGCCCUACCACGCAACCCCGAGGUGGUGUACGCGCUGCUGCAUCGCCAGGAGCUCUUUGUGCCCUUCCGCAACCACCCUCGCUUCUGCGAGCUGCUGCAAAACAUUUUCACGGUGAUAGACUUCUUCAACGUGCGCAUGGAUGACCAUGAUGUGGACGGUGACUGGUCCGUGGAGCGAGUGUUAGACGUGGUCAUUGCCAAUGCACGCACAUGGCGGGGCGAGGGUAUGCAGAUGUUCACGGAGCUCAAGUUCACAUACGAGGAGGAGAUGCAUCCAGAGGAGUUCUUUGUGCCGUACGUGUGGACGCUCGUGGUGGCGCACAGCGGCAUCCCCUGGAACCCAGACUGCAUCGCCAUGUUCCCCGUCCGCUCCUCCUCUUCCGCCGAGGGCAUUUCUCCUGCCAUGUUCCCCGUGCUCUCCUCCUCCUCUGCUGAGGUGAGCCGUCUCCUUUCAGGGCGCCUGAAUCAGGAGACACGCCCCUAG